UUUCGACUUCGCGCACAAAAUAAGAUCGGGCUGUGAUGUCGAUCAUGUUCAUUUUUGUGUUGAAAAAGAAGACGACUUUUUUAUUUUAGUGGCAAUCUAUUUGAAAAGCCUGGUGCAGGAAACAUACUUCUCUGCUCCAGUGACCAGUUUUUUUUACGGCGAAUGGUUGUCUACAAAGUGUUGAAAAGAGUGACUUGGAGAAGUAGUCAGCAACAAUUUUCAGUGAUCAAGUGAAGUCUGUCCUCCGACUCGGUAUGGUAACUGCCCCAGCAAGUGUGUCCUACGGAGCAUGCGUGUGGCCACAAACAACACCGAGACAGAUAAUCCUGCAGACUGUUUCAUGUUGAUGAACCUCACAAUCACAACCAAUUCACGUAUCAAAAGCAAUGGUAGUUUGUAAACACGGACAUGGAAAGCACUGAUGAUGGAUUAGAACUUACCAGGGUACUGUCUGCCGAAAACAUUAACAAACAACGUGAACAACAGCCCACACUGCAGAACACAGAAACUACGCCAUUUGGCUGUGUUUCACGUGGCAAGCAUUUUGAAACUGUUCAAAAUCUGAAGGAACAUCCUUGUCCCGUCCCGGUAUCAAAUUCGGAGUGCACACCUGAUACAGUGAUGGAACAACAUAACUUGAAUCUUGGAAAAUUCCUGAAAAUGAACUCCAAGAAACCGUUUGUGUGUCAGCUGUGCAGCAAAGCCUUCAAGAGUCGGAGAGAGUCCACAGGACACUUUCUUGUGCACAUCGGUGCCAGAUUUAGUACUUGCUCUCGGUGUGGUGAUCUGUUUUUCAAAGUCGGCCUGUUGUCAAAAUAUGAGAUACGUGCACUUGGCAAACCCAUCAAGAAAGAUGUUUGCAGCGGCUGCAGCAGAGCUCUCUCCAAAGGUACACGUGUGAAUGACAAGGAGCGAAGAGAAGAUACCUGUUUGCCACAGGAAGAGGCCUCUGCUGUAGCAGAUAGGCUGCCAAGUGUUGCUCAGCACCCUACUGAUAAUGGAAACGAACAAGUGGAGGGAGACUCAGUUACACCAGCAGCUCAGCAGGAUUCAGUUCGGACUAAUACUAAUAGUCCAUCAGACCAGGCACAGCAUGAUGAUGGAAACGACAAGACUGUUGUUGAUGAAGACACAUUGUUGCGGUCUACAAUAGUGAAGCAAGAAGUGGAACAAGAAGAAAUGGAUCCAGUGAGAAUCCCAAUUUCAUUUAGCCCACUACAGUGUAGCAAAAUUAAACAGGAAGUGAUGUGUGACGAUGAGAACACAGAAGAUGUAGAAAGUUCCUCAAACUUGAUGCAGCAAGACAAGGAGACUGUUGGUGUUGACAUGAUUGAAGAUGCUGCAAGUUCCAGCUUGGUUCAACCGACGCAUGAUGAUGAUAACUUAUGCAUCAGAGGGCUACUUGUUUGUAGUUGUGGGGAACAGUUUAAGGCAUCUUCGGCGUUGGAUAGACAUCGCAGUUUAGACUGCAGGCUGAAGUCCCAGAGUGAAACAAAUCAACACCAUGGCCGAGGAAACACUUCCACAGAAGCUGACUUGUUCCAUAAUGGAACAACUAAGAAUGGAAACUCAGAAGUCGAUUGUCAGCCUCGGACUGUUCCAGAACACACAGUUGUCUGCACAACCAAUGUCAGGAAGCUAUUUGUGUGCAACCCCUGUGGACGGCAGUUCACCAGAGUCUAUUACCUCAUGAGACAUCGGUGUGCCCACAACUUGCUCCGCCACAGGCGCCCAUCGCCCAAGUUGUGGCCCUGCUCCUUCUGCAAGGAUGUGUUCUACCUCAAAAGGGAUUUGCUAAGUCACAAACUAGAGCAUCUUAAGAGCCCCUUGAAAGGCAAUGACAGUUUUGCCCCGUUGCAUGAAUCAUUAGACAAUCUUUCUGCUCCUGAGCAGGAUGGUCACCGGAAAAUAAAACCAAAACCAAGACUUGUAGGGGCUGUUGGUGGUACAAACAAUACCAAUGGUCCUGUCCCAGAGAGUACUACUCCAUGCGGUUUUGUGUGGAAGGGUUUCCGCUGUAAACUCUGCAAGCAGGAAUUUCCUGAUUUAGAAUCAUUCAAUCAGCAUGCUCUAUUAUGUCAGAACGCUAAUGCCAAGAAAGUAGGAGGCAGCGUCAAGAAGAGAACUUCAAAACUCAAAAGUAAAGGCAAAUAUGCAAAAGGAAAAAAGCACAUUUCCACCAAAAAGGAGGCCACAAAAGUUUCGAAACAUCGGCGUUCAAGGUGUCACCGCAGUUCUAAGGCUAGAAAGGGUUGCACUGCGCAGAAAAUUGCAGAAACUGUUAACGCUUCUAGCUCAAAAGGCAUCAAGCAUGCAAGUCCCAGAUCUAUAGCCCCGAAAUCAACAGCUCCCAAACCUAAUGCACCCCUGCCUAUUUUGCCCAAGCCUGACGGUGACCCACUGCCUCAAGGUAUUUCCAUUCAGACCAUUGCUGGCUUGUCCAUUGAUUCGCAGUCCAUUUCCAACCAACCCAUUUCCCAUCAAGCUCCAGGCUCUCAACCUUCCACCCAACGACCUGUCCAUAUUUCUUCCCAACCGUUUGUGACGCAGUCCAUUUCUCUCCGCCCUCUACCCUGUCCUCCAACUCGCUCUUAUCCUGCUCCACAACCUGCCAAUAUUUCCACCCAAGCUUCUCCCAGUCAAACUUUCGGCCUUGGGCCUAAUGCCCCUCGAUCUUCACAUAUUCCAACAAGUCUUAGUUCUACACAACUCUAUGUCUCCCAGUCGAUAAGUCAAUCUACUGCCUCCCGGUCAGUAGUUCCCCAGUCUACACUUGUUUCAACCAGAACUAUUCCCUGUCAAAUUAUCAACCCAAGGACUACUACCCGUCAGUCGUCACACAUUUCCACCAGUCAUGCCAGUCCUAUUGCUGCACAAACGCACGUCUCCCAGUCAAUUCCCAGUCGGCCUAUUCACUGUCGACUUGCUAGUCCCCAGUCCAUAGCACCCUGGUCUAAAGCUCUACAGUCCAUAGCUUCCCGGUCAAUAGCUCCCCGGUCAAUAGCUCCCCAGCCUACACAUAUUUCCAAGCAAGCUGUUGCUGCCUGGCCCGUCGUUCCGCAAUCUAUUUCCCUCCAACCCGUUUCCUAUCAACCUGUUAACCCAAUUCCUACCCUCUCGCAGCCUCUCCGCAUUUCUUUCCAGUCAAGUUCCGCGGGACCUAUUUCAUAUCAAGCAAUCAACCCAAGGGCUAUUGCCCCGUCAUCUUUACAGACUUCUGCUAGAACUGUACUUCCCCAGUCGGUAAUCUCCCAGCCAAUUUCACUCCAACUCGUGCCCGCCAAACUAUUACCACCCAAAAGGCAACAACACAGACUGCUGCCUGUGUCCAUCAGAAAAAAUGCCCAAGGAGUACAGGGCCAAGACCCAUAGCACCUGUGCUUAUGCCUCACACAAUGCUGCUGUUGGAACAUAUUCAAACUUGCUGCCCCACGUUAGGCAAAAUGUACCCCUAGUGCCUUCGUCUAUCAUCCCAAGAUAAAUGCAAGCGAGGGUUGAGCCCCCCCCCCCCUACAAAACGGAAAACCAUCAACCACACAGAAUUAUCAUGUAUUCCGCUCUCAAUCCUGACGUGCACAGUUAACAAAUGUGCAGAUUUUUGGCAAUUUAACAUGUAAACUGGAAUGUGCAAUUUCCCAAAGUUUAUUACGAGUCUUGGAAACGUAUUAGUCAGAGUUGCGAAUGUCGAGUCUUUAUGUCCAAUUUUAAUUGUUUUUUUGUUGAAUCGCGAUGAGCAAGCAUGGGCCACAAAUCAUUUUGUAAGAAAAAUAGAAAUCGAAUGCAUUUAAUGCCAAGAUGAUUUUAGUAAUACAGGUUUUCCCGGCCAAUUUCGCAAAAAAAAAAAUUUAUCUUGAUAGUUACCAAUUUGAAGCGAAUUAGCUCCUUGCUGUCGUUCCUGUAGUUCAUAUGAGUUUCUUCUUUUCAGACGUUCAAAUUCGUUGUCUGACCCCACAUUUUCAUGUUUUAACACAUUCUAAAAUUGAUGUUAUGUCAAUCGGUUUAACUAAUCAGUUAAUUUAGCAGUCUGUUUGGUUGAGGGUUAUUUGCAUAAUCUUAUUUUCGUGCACAUUCUAUUAAGUUUGGGUUUUCUUAUAUCUCUAACCUUCUCAAUAAGCUUCAUCUUAAACAUGCUUCAUUUUAGUAACGUGCUUGCUUUUUAUGCAAAAAAGUGAUCAAUAUGGUCAUUUUGGGGCUGCUGCUUUGUAGCCCGAUCUUGUGGGGAAACAAUUAAUUUAUGCAUUUUCAAAUUGGAACAAAGAACAAACAAACAAACGGAAAGAUUAAACAAGUGGAACUGAACAAAAGAUGUAAUUAAUAAUAAAAUAAUUUAUUUAUUUCAGUCAUUAGAUUUUAUGCUAUUUUACUAAAGUUUUGAUGUUAUUUUAAUGAAGGAUUUUAAUAAUGUAAUAUUCAUAAUUUCUUUUUGAAUUUACAUUAUAUGAAGAGAAUAAACAAAAUAUUUUCUUGUAAUAAAA